GUUUGACACAGCGUCCAGCGUUACUACCUGUUCGAACCAGUGUCGCGUCAAGAAAUCCUGCGUCAAUAUGCCAAAUAAUAGCAAAUGUUCGAUUUCCUCAACAGCUAGAGAACAAAGCUUUUAUUGUCUCGUGGAAAGUAAAAAUUUAUUUUCGAUAGUGCAUAUAAAAAACGCAUAGAUAGUUUUUAAUGAUAAUAAUUGGAGAAAUAAAUUCGAAGAAGUAGGAAUAUCAAGUAUAUAUUAUUUUAUAAUUUAUUCUUUGUCCUCGCUGACCUCACUUUACAUUUGUAUAGGUGAUAACUGUAAGAAAAGCUUGUAGAAUAUUCGAUAUAUAUAUAUAUAUAUGAAAUAGAAAAAGAAACUUCCGACAAGAUCAACCGCUCCGUAUAAAAAAAAAUGAAAUAUAAUGAAACUAUUAUUUUUGGACACUAUCGAAUACAAAAGAAGUACUAUAUCAAAAUAAAUAUGGACAAAACUAGUGUCAGUAUGCAAAAGCAUCUACCACAGACUAAAUCGGACCAGAAGAUAGGGGAAACAUUCAAAACGAUAAAGAAUAUAGCUAUAGCAAUAAAUUGUGUAAUAAUAUUUUCAAGAUUUUUCGAUGAGAAACUUAUUUUCCAUAACCACAAAAAUUGAUGGCUAAUAUUAUUGGUUGGCUAAUACGAGUAUAAUGUUUUUACCUUCGAAGCAGUAUAUUAAAAAUAAUAGUCUUCAACGGAAAAAUGCCGAGGAUACCUGUAAUACAUAUAUACAAAGAAUGGUUUGGAAAUCUAAUGAAAUAAUUUUAGACAUAGGAUGUGGACCAGGCGAUGUAACCUCAGAUAUACUUUAUCCUUUAUUAAUGAAGAAUAUCAAUCAGUUGAUUGGUGUUGAUAAAUCAAUAGAAAUGGUAGAAUAUGCUAAAAAAACAUAUGAAUGCUCUAAGAUGGGCUUCGAAGUUCUGGAUAUUGAAAAUGUCAAUGACUGUUCUUUUUAUUCGAAUAGAUUUAACAAAAUAUUUUCAUUUUUCUGCUUUCAUUGGAUUCAUAAUAAACCUGAUACCUUGUGUAAUCUACAUUUAAUGUUGAAAAAUGGUGGAGAAAUGUUGAUUAACUUCUUGUUAAUCAAUCCGUUUGCUGAAUUGUAUACAUCUUUGGAUGCAGAAUGGCAAAAAUAUGUUAAAGAUAUAAAAAAAAUGUUCCAUAAUUUGUACUCACAAGAUGAAAUAAGAGAUAUUUUUAUCAAGGCUGGAUUUCGAGUUAUUAAUUUAGAAUCAAGUAUCAAAAAAUAUUCAUUUUCAGACCUUCCAACCUUUUUAAAUUAUAUUAAAGCUGUUGACGAUAUGUACACUUUAUUGCCAGAGCAGUCACAUAACAGAUACUUCGUACAUGUUAAAGAAAAGCUAUGUAAGACACAAGCAGUUGAAAUAUGUCCAAUUACAGGAAUGAUUACUUUUUCAUAUACACCUAUUACUGUGCAUGCGAUCAAAGAUUAAAAUAUAAAGUAGAAUAUUUAAUAUUGUAAUACUUGUGGUUAUUUUGUGAUUGGGUUUUAUUAAAUAAUUAGAAUAAUAAAUAAAAUACAUUUAUUUACGUUAAGAGUAUUUCUUAAGUACACUUUUUUAUAAAAUUCAGUGGCAGU